AUGGAUCCUAGAAAGAUAUCGGAUUCCUUCAGUUCUGAAAAGAUCACGACCAUUAAGUCAGAGCUGAACAAAGUUCUGAAAACUAUUAAUGUCUUGGAAAAUCAGCAGAAAAUAGCAGCUGAAGAAAUGGUCGAGAAAAAACUUGUGGAAUUGUCACAAAGGAGUGGACAGAUUUUAGAUGAAAAAUUCAGCGAGCUAAAAGAAGAGUUUCAUGGAAAAAUAAUGGGAAUUUUGAAUGAUUUUGAGGAAAAAUCCAGGAAGGGAGCUAAGGAAGUCAAGCACAUAAUAAGAGGAGAUAUAAAGAAUGAAGAUAACCAAAAAGAACUUUUUGUGGAAAAGGUGCAUGUAAAACAGUCUGCACCGAUUUCAAAACUUCUGUAUAUACAAUGUAAGGUUGAAUUAUUAUAAAAAAUAUUAGAGAAACAGUAAUAUUAAUAUUUAUAAUUGACAAAAAUAGGGCUCGUCUAAAGGAAAAUAGUUGUAAAAGGCAUAUUAUUAGCUAAUAGCAAAGAUUUCCAAACAAUUUACAAUAUAUUUAUUGCUAUUCUUCUGAACUUUGGUAUUGCUGAGCUUGCCAAAGACCUUUUGGAUAGCACUGAUGUUUUGGGCUUAAACUUGCUUGCAGGAAAUUUUGGUAACAUUGAAAAAGUAAUCAUGAUGUGGAUAGCCAUGUUUGUCUGGAGCUUUAUACCAGUCACUCUUGUGCAGCUCGUUUCUGGAGGGUUAUCCAUUUAUCUAGGAUUUUUCCUGCAUGCCCUUUCAGUUAUCUCUAUAUUUUUAUAUGGCUGUCACUUCACACAAGAGUAUCAGUUACCAAUCGCAAGCUCUAUUGUAGCCCUAAAUAUUCAUAUAAAAAAUCAUUUUAAUUUCUUUUAAUAAUAAUAAAACAUUUCUAUAAGUUUGUAUAAUAUUAUGGGAGUAAGCGAAACGGUAAGAUUUAUUAUGAAAAUGCAUUCUUACUUCAGAGAAAAAUUACUCCAUGGAAAUGGCUAUAACAAAUAUUCACACUAUUUGCCUUCUUAUGCCGAAAGCAUAGGAUACUCUGAAAAAGACUUGGUAAUUCCACAAAUAAACAUAAAAGAUUUCGCUAAAGAGCUAAAACGAUACACAUUUUUCUUAUUUGUGCCGACUUUGAUAUAUAGAGACUCAUACCCUAAAAUAGAUAAAUCAAUUAGAUGGAAAAAUCUUGGCGUUCAUGUCUUUGAUUUCUUUGGAAGUAUUGUAUAUACCACAUUGAUUUUCAAAGCCUUCUGUGUCCCAACCUUCAAAGAAGCUGCCAACAAUCUCAAAGAUCCAAGCAAAUUGAUAAUUUCCUGGAUAGUGUCAAUGCUACCAGGCACUUUUGUGUUCCUUUUGCUGUUCUUUGCAGUCAUGCACUCAUGGUUUUCAAUUUGGGCUGAAAUUCUAAAUUUUGCGGAUAGAAAAUUUUAUGAUGACUGGUGGAAUUCAAGCGAUUUUGGGACUUUUUAUAGAAAAGUCAGCGUAAUUCUUUACGAGUGGAUGCAUUGUUAUGUAUUUAUUGAUUUAAUGAGAUUUUCUAAUGAAUUUAUAGGCCAAAAGCUAGCUCGUUAUACAGUUUACUUGUUAGGCGGAAUCUGUUGUGAGCUUGUUAUUGACUUAUCGCUAGGGUUCUUUUCCCCAUUUUUAUUUAUUUUGAUAAGUGGCCCUGGGCUGUAUAUGAUUUCAAUGAAGGCCAAGACGUCAAGGCUAUACAAUGUGCUUGUGUGGGCCAUGCUAAUUAUUGUGAAUGGGCUGAUAAUUAUGUUGUAUUCUCUUGAAUACUAUUCAAGGCUACAAAAUUCUUAUAUUGACCCAUUUCCGAAGUAUGGCUUGCUUGGCUAUUUAAUUCCUCAGUGGAGCCUUAAAAUGAGCUUGAUUUCGAUUAAUUAA